UGUCCACUAGGAGGCUUGACUAACAAGGUAUUUGUCUGGACGCAAACAUUUAUGGCGUAAACUGUAAAAUAUAGAUGAAACGAUGAUUUAAAGGACACGAAUCGUUGCUGACGGAGGAUUCGGCGUUUGAUGGGUGAGACUGGAGUCGAUAUGCUCAUAUAAACUCUGCAAAUUUCUGUAAAAAUGACGGGAAAACAAACAAACACUUGGACGAGCUAGGCUAAGCUAAGCUAACACGGGCUGGCCGUAUUAUUUAGUCUCGCCGCUUGAGUUGAGCAUACAAGUAUUUGUAGGCUGCACAAAAUAAUAAUUACACUUAAAUGGAGCCACGUGUGCGUUAUAAACAGUGCAUUACGGUUGAAACGGGUGAACCAAAUGGUCUUCUUUUAAUCAUAAACAGUCCGUUAGCAGACAUUAGCAUGUUAGCUGGGCUCCGCGCUUCGUGCUAAAUAAUAAACAACCCAAACGUUGUCAGGAGCAUUACAAUAACGUUCGUUAUAGGGUUGAGAUGAGCUCACAGCACAGAUUUUUCCAUUUUAGUCAUAUAUUAUAAAUUACAUAUAGAGUUGGCAAACAUUAGCGCUGAUAGUGUCAAUUUUGGUGGGGGUGAUUAUAAGGAACAGAUUUGGGCUGCGUCCCGAAACCGAGUGAGGUCCCUACCUAGGCAGCAUUUUGGGCAAUAUGGGCGUGUUCGAAGUUUCAAACCUAGUGAGCUACAUAUCUAAUCUGCAUCGUAGGUCAUAAUAGAAUGUUAUUAAUAUGCUCGAACACUUGUAUGUUUCCCCAAUAUGCUGUCUAAGUAGGCAAUUUCUUAGUUUUUGAUACACAGCCUAAUCUGCAGCAGGAUUAAUAGAGCAGCAAACAGCAGACAAAACGCCUCAUAUUCUUUCCUAAUGUACACAUCGCAAUAUUUUUUCCAUAUUUUCUGAGAUACUCAAGAGGAAACACAUUUGAAAAGGUGGAUAUUUAGAUUAUCAACGAUCAAGUCUCCUCUAUUGGCCAGUCUAGUGUGCAUCUAUGAACUCCAUACCGCCCUCCACUUCUGCCGUCAGUAGCCCUGUCAGCUCCGUAGAUUCGCCACUGUCAGCCGUCAGCUCGUCCAUCGGCUCUCCCGGCGUUCCCGGCACGCCAUCCGUCGGCUAUGGACCCAUCAGCAACUCUCAGAUAAAUUCCUCAAUGUCUGUGUCUGGGUUACAUGCUGUCAGCAGCUCUGAUGAUGUGAAACCCCCUUUUGGCUUGAAGUCUGUCAGUAGCUCUGGGCCAAUGCUGUCCCAGAAACGCAUGUGCGCCAUUUGUGGGGACCGUUCCUCGGGGAAGCAUUAUGGCGUGUACAGCUGCGAAGGCUGUAAGGGUUUUUUCAAGCGCACAGUCAGGAAGGACCUGAGCUAUACCUGCAGGGACAACAAGGAGUGUCUGGUCGAUAAACGACAGCGCAAUCGCUGCCAGUACUGCCGUUAUCAGAAGUGCCUGGCCAUGGGAAUGAAAAGAGAGGCUGUUCAGGAAGAGCGUCAGAAGAAUAAGGAACGAGAUGGAGACUAUGAAUGCAGCAGUUCAGCCAAUGAGGAGAUGCCUGUGGAGAAGAUACUGGAGGCCGAGACGGCUGUAGAGCACAGAUCAGACUUACACUCUGAUGCCACUGGUUCACCCAACGAUCCAGUCACUAACAUCUGCCAGGCUGCAGACAAACAGCUGUUCACUCUGGUGGAGUGGGCCAAGAGAAUCCCUCACUUCUCUGAGUUGCCCCUGGAUGACCAAGUCAUUCUGCUCAGGGCUGGAUGGAAUGAGCUCUUGAUCGCUGCCUUCUCCCAUCGCUCCAUCAGCGUGAAGGAUGAGAUUCUGUUGGCCACAGGUCUACAUGUGCCCAGAGACAGCACUCACAAUUUGGGAGUGGAGGCCUUUUUUGACAGGGAAAGUGCACACAGUGCAGAGGUGGGGGCCUUAUUCGACAGGGUGUUGACUGAGCUGGUCUGUAAGAUGCGCGAUAUGCAAAUGGACAAAACCGAACUUGGCUGUCUGCGUGCCAUAGUUCUGUUUAACCCAGAUGCCAAAGGUCUGACUAGCAGCAGUGAGGUGGAGCUUCUCAGAGAGAAAGUGUACGCGUCCCUGGAGGCCUAUUGCAAACAAAAAUACCCAGAUCAGCAGGGGAGGUUCGCCAAGCUCCUCCUCCGACUUCCUGCAUUGCGUUCCAUUGGCCUUAAGUGUCUGGAGCACCUUUUCUUCUUUAAACUGAUCGGAGACACCCCCAUUGACACUUUCCUAAUGGAGAUGCUGGAGUCUCCCCACUAGCUGCGUCAGAGGAAGAAUGGGAGACAGGGUUUUUCUACCCUAGGUCCUGGAGAUAACUGUGACUGCACUUUUUCUUCCCAGGGGAAUUACAACGAUUGGUCAGCCUCUGGUCUGGGGGUUUUUGGUUUUUUUUUUUUUAGUUCAGAUAUUACUUUUCUUUUUCUCUUGACUAUCUCUUAAGUGCACCAUAGAGUCUAGAGACCCAAAACUUGCCAUGAAAAAUUGUUGGUGCUACAUUUCAACAGUAAGCUAAUUUUUAUAUAUAUAUAUAUAUAUAUAUAUAUAUAUAUAUAUAUAUAUAUAUAUAUAUAUAUAUAUAUAAUAUAAACAAGUUUAAAACUUAAUGUUUUUAAGUAUGGAUGCUCCAGUUACCUGACUGGUUUAGAUAAGUGGGGUUUACAUUUUGAUAGAACCAUUUGAGGCUUUUAAAACACUGUGGAUGAUAAGCUUUAAUCGUAUGUAAGUGUGCUUCACCAUCUCUUAAGUUUGGGUGCUUUCUUCCUGUACGGAUAAUUUAUUUUGCCCCGACCUGUAAGGACCGGUCAAGUGGGUAGAUAGAAGAAUGAAUUCAUUCGGUAUUCUAGGUUUAAAUUGACAUUUAGCUUUGCUAGUUUGAGAAACCUGGCAAAGGAAUCUAUAUGCAAUGAUGCUUGAAACGAUGCAAAACAGAAAGACUUAGAUGUUUAAUCUCCAAAAAAGCAAUUUACGUGAUAUUGUGCAAUGUUAAGCCUAAAUCCAGAGGUGGACGUGAGGGAAAUGCAAGCACUCUUUUUUAUUAUCUCACGCACUCAUUUUAUUAUCACAUCAUGAGUGCCUAACUGACAUAUGCUUGAUAUGUUUUUUUUUUUUUUUUUUUAAAUGUUUGACAGACGAAAGGACACACAAAAAGAUGAAUUUCUGUUCAUGUCAUCAGCAGACAUUGUACGAAGCAGGCCGCUUUUCUUUCGUUUUUUUGGGUUUUUUUUGCCUGAAGUGUCCUAGGCUGAAAUUGUCUUAAACCUGCAUUGGUUUUACUAGUUAACUGUCGGUUAAUAAUACACUCUCUUCUCUUAUCACAUAUCAGGUAACUGUGUAAGAGUGAUAAUUCCUUAAGUAAACUGCACUACACACAAAAAAAAUGUCAUUCCUUUUUUCUUUUUUUUUUUCUUUUUUUUUGACCAGUGUCAGAUUUUGUUUUUCUUUUAAAGAUUACUUUUGGUGCUUCGGAAUCGACAUUUUAAUAUUAUAGCCCUAAAAAGUGCACAUGUAAAACUGCAAAAAGGAAAAGUACAGCUGUCUUCGGCUUUAUAGAGACACUAAAUCUGAGCAGUAUGAAAGUUCAUCGGCGUGGACUUGCUGUUUGUAUUUGGAAAACCUUCCAACUUGAAAUUUCUACAAUUAAUUUCUUCUAGUACUGUGCAGACCCUAUUGUUCAGGGACAUUGUGUAGCUAUAUUGUGUAGACAUAGACAGGCUAGGAAUCAACAUAUAUUCUCUUGCUUUUAUCACUUUCUUUAGUUUGUAGUUGGCAUACAACUUGCAGUAAAGACAUAGUUUGCACUGGAUUUUACCAUGAAUCCUAGACUUUGGAUUUUGUCUUUUAUUUCCUUUCUGUGACCUGAGCUUAUUCGCUUUUUCUUUUUGAUCUACCAUUGAGAAUUUUCUUUUCUUUUUUCUUUUUUUUUUGCUUUUCCAUGGCAUCUUUCUGUCCUUGCUGAAAAAGUUACAGGGACAAAUGCAAGCUCACUUUUGCCAUAGAUAUAUCUAACAAACAAACAAACAAACAAACAAACAAACACACAAGGUUGUUUUUGUAUGGUCUUGUACAACCAACAUCUUUACUGCAUUAGGCAUGUUACAUGUCUGUUGUUGCACUAAAAUUGUCAUACAAUUAUGAUUGUAAUGAGAUUCCAUCAGUUUCGAUGUUGUCACGGCUCGUUUUAGAGGAGCUCCGUGACACUGCAAAAGAACCAUCUGCUGUACAUGACCCUAAAUAAAGGUGGUGAUAUGUCUAACAGCUCUGUUCUUGGAGAGUUCAUAUAAGUUGCAUGUCCUUUUUUUCUUGUAAUCUCACUAUGGGACUCAGAAAUAAAGGUACAAAAGCUGUGACUGGGCCGGUACCUGUUCAAAAGGGAUACGUGUGCACCUAAAGGGUUCACUUUGGUACCUUGAAGACUCUGGGUACGUUUAGUGCAUUUAUUCUUUAAGGUAUUCGAAAACGUGGAAAACUCUGCUUUAAGUUUGAAUAUUCUGAGUUUGUGUUUUAGCAUAAAUGGAAAACGAUGACUGGCUGUCCACAUUCGCUCAGUCUGCGUAUCAGUGAUCGAUGAUAACAUUACUUGCACGAACGGUCAUGUGACAUGCAUUUUCGGUCGUGUAGUCUAGACGGAGAUCGUUUCUGAAACGCAGUGAUAACGCCAGUGUAGCCGAGGAUCUUUUUAUGUUAAAAUGCUGUUUUAAAACUAAAACGCACCAGUGUAAAAAAAACACAAAAACAAAUUUCAUAUGACCAUACCUCCCAGCUAUAUCUUUUCCUGGUUAACUGCAACUAUACCUCUCAAAAUGCUUUUUUUGUAGCGCCCCGCAAAAUGUGUCUCUACUUUUUAGUUAAGGUUUUUGUUUGUCCUGUCUUGCACUGACUUCAGAUCAAAUUCAAUAUCAAUUACAAGAAACAUUACAUCUCAAUGUCACUUUAUACUCCACAAAUGCAGUUUGUAUUUCGCCAUGCAAGAUCACAUCAAGAAAUUUUAGUAUUUAAUUGUAACUUUACAGAUAUGCCGACCUUAAAUCUCCCAAAAUGUUUUGCAAUUACAACUUACAUCUCCCAGCUGUGUCGACCCAUUUUACAAUGUGGCGUUAUCGUAAAUGUUUAUUUUACAACAAACUGAAUUUGUGAGAUUUUUGGUUAUUUUCCCCACAAGUUUGGUUCGACCGAAUCAUGUUCUCGUCUGAGAACAAUUACACUAGCACCACAAAAGAAAGAAACCAACUCGGUGUUCUGGGUGUUGCUGUAAAAGCUUUUUAUUGCAAAGUACAGUAAAUGCUUUUUCCUUUUGGAAUUUAGAAGUCAAAUUUUCACAUUCUCGAUCUUUUUUUUUUUAAACCAACAUUUUAUGGCACUUGAAGCAAUGGGUGAAAUUCUGUAUGCGAGUGCAAUAAUAUCAAAGGCCAUUUGAGCAGGGCUGAUGGGUGCAUGACAGUGUUUCAAGUCUGUGCUGCGUAAACACAUGAAACAAAAUCUACGUUCACAGGGUAUCGAGACGCCACAGGCUCUAUCCGUUUAGCCAAAAAUAAAGACAUCGCCUGCCGAUAUUGUUAUUGUUUGAACCAUGCAUGGCUUAUUUUCUCUUAAAUUAGAAUUUUCACAGAAUAACACUGCUUUUGACUUAUAAUACACUAUUCUAUACAAAAUACAAACAAAAACAUGAACA